ACGUCAUCACAAGGCGCAAGUCACGGGUCCUAACUGUAGUGCGCUCGUCCCGGCGUGUGUUCCACGGUCAAUCGAGCUGUCUCCUCUUCUCGUCCCCCCCUCUGUCAUCAUGUCCCGUUGCCUCGCGCUAGCUCGGUUCGCCUUGGGUUCCUCUCAGAGGGUCAACUCACGACUAACGGUUUGUGCACGAGGGCUGAGCAGCGGAAUUACCUCGCGCUCCCUCACUGGAGACCUGCAGGUUGGACAGCAGCAGCAGAGGUGGAGCAGUCGGCCCGGAGUGUGGAGCUCCCAGCGGUCCUGCCUCGGCUUCAGCCAACAGUCGUACUACAGCACCCAGGAGGCCGAGAAAGAGCCAGAGAAAGAGCCCGAAGAGGAGCCUCUGCACACCAUCAUCAGUGAUACGGAGUCUGUUCAAGGUAGCCUGUCCAAACAUGAAUUUAAGGCUGAGACGAAAAAGCUUUUGGACAUUGUUGCCAGGUCCUUGUACUCGGAGAAAGAGGUGUUCAUCAGGGAGUUGAUCUCCAACGGCAGUGACGCUCUGGAAAAACUGCGCCAUAAACUGAUGACAGCAGGCGGAGAAACUGCUCAGAUGGAGAUCCACCUUCAGACCGAUGGUGCCAAGGGAACCUUCACCAUUCAGGACACAGGAGUGGGGAUGAACCAGGAGGAGCUGGUAGCCAACCUGGGGACCAUCGCGCGUUCCGGAUCCAAGGCCUUUUUGGACGCCCUGCAGAACCAGGCGGAGGCCAGCAGCACCAUUAUCGGUCAGUUCGGGGUGGGGUUCUACUCUGCCUUCAUGGUGGCCGACCGCGUUGAAGUCUACUCUCGGUCCGCCGAGCCUGACGCGCCGGGAUACAAGUGGUCCUCAGAUGGCUCUGGGGUUUUUGAGAUCGCCGAAGCCAGCGGCGUUCAACGGGGAACAAAGAUCGUGCUGCACUUCAAAGACGACUGCAAGGAGUUUUCCUCUGAGGACAGAGUGAAAGAGGUUGUAACGAAGUACAGCAACUUCGUCGGCUUCCCCAUCUUCCUGAACGGACGGAGGCUCAACACUCUGCAGGCCUUGUGGAUGAUGGAGCCGAAGGAGAUUAGCGACUGGCAGCACGAGGAGUUCUACCGCUACGUCGCUCAGGCCUACGACAAGCCUCGCUACACGCUGCACUACCGCGCCGACGCCCCGCUCAACAUCCGCAGCAUCUUCUACGUCCCGGACUCGAAGCCGAGCAUGUUUGACGUGAGCAGGGAGAUGGGCUCCAGCGUGGCUCUGUUCAGCAGGAAGAUCCUGAUCCAGACCAAAGCCACGGACAUCUUGCCCAAGUGGCUUCGCUUCCUCCGAGGUGUGGUGGACAGUGAGGACAUCCCAUUGAAUCUGAGCAGAGAGCUGCUGCAGGAGAGCGCCCUCAUCAGGAAGCUCCGUGACGUUUUGCAGCAGAGGGUGAUCCGCUUCCUGCUGGACCAGAGCAAGAAGGAGCCUGAGAAGUACAACAAGUUCUUUGAGGACUACGGCCUCUUCAUGAGGGAGGGCAUCGUCACCACGCAGGAACAAGACGUCAAGGAGGACAUUGCUAAGCUGUUGAGGUUUGAGUCUUCAGCCCUGCCGGCGGGUCAGCACACCAAUCUGAUGGAGUACUCCUCCCGCAUGAAGGCGGGCACGCGCAACAUCUACUACCUGUGCGCGCCCAACCGCCAUCUUGCACAGCACUCUCCCUACUAUGAGGCCAUGAAACAGAAAGACAUGGAGGUGCUGUUCUGCUACGAGCAGUUCGACGAGCUCACCCUGCUCCACCUCCGCGAUUUUGACCAGAAGAAGGUGAUCUCGGUGGAGACGGACAUCGUGGUGGAUCACUACAAAGAGGAGAAGUUUGAAGACAGCAAGCCCGCCUCCGAGCGUCUGACGCAGGAGCAAGCAGACGACCUGCUGUCCUGGAUGAAGAACGCUUUGGGCCCCCGAGUCACCAACAUAAAGCUGACUCCUCGGCUAGACACCCACCCAGCUAUGAUCACAGUGCUGGAAAUGGGAGCUGCGCGACACUUCCUCCGCACCCAGCAGCUGGCUCGCACCCCCGAGGAGAGAGCUCAGAUACUGCAGCCCACACUGGAGAUCAAUGCAGGACAUGAUCUGAUCAAGAAGUUGCAGGCACUGAAGGACACAAACUCUGAACUGGCCGGUCUGUUACUGGAACAGAUCUAUGAUAACGCCAUGAUCACAGCAGGCCUGAACGAUGACCCCCGACCGAUGAUUUCCCGCCUUAAUGACCUGCUGACUAAAGCUCUGGAGAAGCACUGAGAGCCAACGUGAGCGGUUACAGACGGACUCGGUUUUGAUGACGGUGGCUUGUGAAGCAUUUACAGGCGGACAAAGCUGGAGAACUGCAGGCCUUGUUCAUCUGGAGCCAUAAAAUACCGUCAACCCCCCCCCCCCCGGAGUAUUUCAUUAUGAGAGCACAUAAAUGCUUCAAAAGCACAGCUGGCGUGAGGAUGAACUGCUGGAAGCGUCUCCGUAAACACUUGUAUGUGUUUAGCACUAUUUCAUCAAUCCAUGUCGUCCACAUGGAUGAACACCAGCCGCAAACAAAACAAGCCGAGAAACAAAACGAGAGUGUGGAAGUAAAUCUGAUUUCUCUUGAUGUAUUCUGUAACAGCUUUAUAGUGAAGUGUGGAUUAGAGCUUUGAAACGAUAAGAUGUCCUCACUGCUAAUUAGAGCCGUUAAACUGUUAUAAACCCUCCAAUAUCCAUGUUUUUCACAUUAUUUAAUAUUUUGUUGGCUUGCGGUUCCAGAAGCUGAAGACCUGAAGGUAUAUUUCAUGUAAUUGUUUUUGAACUGUCAAAUAAACUGUUUAAUGUAAAUCAGUGUAUGAGCUGCAAAUGUGACUGGUGAUUCUCAUCAGGCGUCAUUGAAUCUAAUAAAAUGCUUUUUAUUUUAUGUA